CUCAGCCUCGUCAGGAUACCGCUGACUCCAGCAGAGACACGAUGGGGAUUCGGUCUUCCAAUGAAAGACAUCGAUCUUCCGGCUGAUGAGAUUGUCCAUCACUACUUUGUCGACCUUUGGGCCGACAUGUGGAUGUACACCUUCUCCGUCGGUCUCAGCAAAUUUGUCAUCCUCGGCUUCUACUGGCGAAUGUUUUCCUUAUCGAUGAUCCGGUGGCCCAUUCGAACUCUUUUUGGGCUGUCCGCAGCAUGGAUGAUCGCUAGGGUCACGCUCAUCUGCUUGCAAUGCACACCGAUACGCAAAUUCUGGGAUGCUGAUGUACCCGGUACAUGUCCUUUGACACCAAUGAUGUCGCUCUUUGGUGCAGGGAUACCGCACUUCAUCAUCGAGCUCGGCAUUCUCCUUUGUCCCAUGUUUGAGAUCUGGAAGUUACACUUGCCAUGGAGGCGCAGGCUGGCAGUCGCAGUCAUGUUCACCGCUGGUAUUGCAGUAUGCCUCUCAGCCCUGAUGACAAUCGUCCAUACUCUCGCGCUCGACAAGAAGAUGGACAAAGACUUGACAUGGGACGGCCUUGAGGACCAAAUCUGGGCUGUCUGCGAUGUCAAUCUCGCGUCGCUGGCGACGUCACUCCCCCUCCUCCGCCCUGCUUUCCGUUCCUUCGGCGGCUUUUUCAGCUCAGUAAGAGGCACCACCGCGCCUGGGCCCUCGCAAAACUACAAGGGUACUGGUUCCACACCCACAUAUGGCAGCGCACCUGUGAAACGCUCAAAUGGCAGUCGUCCCGACUCGGACUCGGAAGUCGGAUUCGUCGACGAGGGCGGCCUUUUGGCUGGAUGCGAUAUCGCUGGCUCGAGCAAGGCUUUCGCUAUGCAUGAUCUCACUCCACGAGACUCAGACUCGGGCGAUGAGAAAGUGGGGAUCCACGUCCGGAAUGAGACGAGGAUCGUGUAUCACGAUAUGGCCGUGAAGCCAUAGGUACGGAGGGUGUGCGCCGUUGCUUUGGCAAGAAAAAGAGCGAGCAAGAUAUCACGCGAGAUACCACAUACUAAUACUAUACAUAAUAGACCAUCGUUACCGCCG